AUGCACCGCAGCUAUGCUGCCCUCGUGGCUCUUGCUAUGUUGGGGAUAAUACUCGUUGGCACAUUCACUGCAAAUAAUGUGCAACUGGAAAGCGAACCGGUACUCAAGGACAUCACAGAAAAUCGACCAGUUGACUCACUGCGUAUUCUGCUCGUUGGCGAUACUGGAGGGCUGCCCAUCUACCCAUAUGUUACAUAUGCGCAGAAGAAGGUCGCCAAAGCGAUGACGAACGUAGCCAUCGAAAAGAAGGUGCAAUACGUCUUGAAUCUCGGCGACAACAUCUACUUUACAGGCGUUUCAAAUGAACACGAUACACGAUUCCAGACUACAUUCGAAGAUGUCUACAAUACGGAUGCGCUGAAUGUGCCAUGGUACCUGAUUGCCGGAAAUCAUGAUCAUUUUGGCAACAACGUGUCCAUAGACGUUCUGAUGUUGGACACCAUCGUACUUUGUGGGAACACAGCUGAUAUUGAGAACGGAGGCUUUUUCGAUAUGCUCUGGAACAAGUCACACGAUCCCGAGGGACCCACCGAUGUGGCGAAGGCUGAGCUGCAAUGGAAAUGGAUUGCGGAAACAUUGAACUCUAGCAGCGCAGACUAUCUGUUCGUCGCUGGUCACUAUCCGAUUCACUCGGUUUCGUCACAUGGACCCACUCGAUGUCUUCAGGAGAGACUGGAUCCAAUGCUGAGGGCAUUCAACGUUUCGGCCUAUUUUGCUGGUCAUGAUCAUACAUUGCAGCAUAUUGUGUAUCCCGGUAAUGGUAAGCACGUCAUUCAUUAUGUGCUCUCUGGAGCGGCAUCACGUAGCGACCGAUCGAAAAAGCAUAUGUUCACCGUCAACGGGGCAAAUCUCAGAUUCCGUUACCCCUCCUCAUGGAACCCGCUCUCUCAACUCGGCUUUUCCAAUGGCGGGUUUGUUCUGAUGGAUAUCACAGCGAAACAAGCUCAUCUGUUCUUCUACAACGGCAAAGGAGAUAUCAAAUAUCGUUUCUCCAUCGAUCCCAGAUAUGGUGACUAG